AGAAAAGUAACCAUGGAGAACAAUGAAAACUCAGUGGAUUCAAAAUUCAUUAAAAAUUUUGAACCAAAGAUCAUACAUGGAAGCAAAUCAAUGAACUCUGGAAUAUCCUUGGGCAAUUGUUACAAAAUGGAUUAUCCUGAAAUGGGUUUAUGUUUAAUAAUUAAUAAUAAGAACUUUCAUAAAAGCACUGGAAUGACCUCUCGGUCUGGUACAGAUGUAGAUGCAGCAAACAUUAGAGAAACAUUCAUGAACUUGAAAUAUGAAGUCAGAAAUAAAAAUGACCUUACACAUAAAGAAAUUGUGGAGUUAAUGCACAAUGUUUCUAAAGAAGAUCAUAGCAAAAGGAGCAGCUUUAUUUGUGUAAUUCUAAGCCAUGGUGAUGAAAGAAUAAUAUUUGGAACAAAUGGACCUGUUGACCUGAAAAAAUUAACAAGUUUCUUCAGAGGAGAUUAUUGUAGAAGUCUAACUGGAAAACCCAAACUUUUCAUUAUUCAGGUUACUGUUCCUGGCGAAAUUCCAAGGAUGGAUCCUGGUUCAUCCAGUCACUGUGUGCUAUGCUGA